CCAUUCGAGUGACAUUAUCCUUCGAGGUGCUUUCUUGUGAUCAAAAUAAAUAAUCUUCUAUAAUAUCUAAUCAGUUACUACUACGAUAUAAUAGUAGUAUAUUAUCAAUAUUACUAUUAAAAACUGGUGAAAAUGUACAUAAAAGAGUAAUCAAGAUUUUCGCGUUUGUGUUAAUUGUUUCGCUUCAUAGUUUUUUUGCUGCAUUAUUAUGCGUUCUCUAACCGCGGUGCAUGGGGUGGAUCCCUUGCCUGAUUUGGGCAUAACAUCUCGAAUACAAGGUGACGAUAAUCCCGAUGCCGACAUGGCCGGAGCGCAGGAUACAAUUUACCUUUGCAAUUUUCGCGUUUCUGUCGAUGGAGAGUGGCUUUGUUUAAAGGAAUUGCACGAUAUGGAAAUGCAAGAUUCUUUUACUCGACAAUCUGAUCACGGUGCCAUAACAUCGCCGGACGAUCCGAUGCAUUCUUUAAUGGCUCGAGACCCCGUAGUGAUAGAGCGCAGCAAUCUCGUGAACAUCUCGAAGCUAAUUGUGAAGGAGUUGAUUGAGCAAUCUCUUCGUUUUGGCCGGAUGCUCGAUAGUGACCACUUGCCGUUACAUCAUUUCUUCAUUGUUCUCGAACAUGUCAUGCGUCAUGGACUUAAACCCAAGAAGGGUCUUCUUGGUCCGAAAAAGGAAUUAUGGGAUAUACUUCAGAUGGUCGAGAAGUAUUCACCGGAAGCAGCUGACAUAACAGCCAGUAUCAGGGAUUUGCCGACUGUCAAGACUGCCAUGGGACGCGCGCGGGCUUGGCUUCGAUUAGCACUAAUGCAAAAGAGACUUGCGGAUUACCUCAGAAUUUUAUUAGAGCAUCGUGAAGAAACUCUGGAAGAAUAUUUUGAACCGCAUGCAUUAAUGUUAAACGAGGAAGCUGUGAUUAUUACUGGAUUAUUAGUCGGUCUAAACGUUGUUGACUGCAAUUUGUGUGUUAAGGAGGAAGACUUGGAUAGUCAACAAGGCGUGAUCGAUUUCUCAUUAUAUCUCCGUGGCAGUAACUCGUCAAACGAUUUGUCCGGCAACGGUAAUGGUAACAAUGAACCGAAACAACGCCACAUCAACACGAUGUUGGACCAGAAGAACUACAUCGAAGAGUUGAAUAGACACCUCAACGCUACGGUCGCGAACCUUCAGUCAAAAGUGGAAAGUUUGACCACAACUAACGCCCUGAUGAAGGAGGACUUGGCGAUCGCCAAGAACACAAUGAUUCAACUGGUCGAAGACAACAAUCAACUUAAACAUGCUCUCGGUCAGGACAUAACCAAAGAUAGCAGGAUGAAAGUGAUGGAGAUGCAAGCUGAGGAGGAGGAGAAGAGAAGUGUUAAGAGUAACACUUCCGAUAAAUUUAAGAAUGAGAAGGAAACGGAAAUUGGUAAGAUAUUGGAGGAAGAAAGGAAGAAAAACGCCGAGCUACAGAAAGAACUUGAUUUGCAGAUAUCCUUGAAAGCGGAAAUGGAAGUUGCUAUGAAGCUGCUGGAAAAAGAUAUCCACGACAAGCAAGACACUAUAAUAUCUCUGAGGCGUCAGUUGGACGAUAUUAAACUGAUCAACCUGGAAAUGUACAAGAAGUUGCAGGAAUGCGAAAGUUCCUUGAAACAUAAAACAGAGCUAAUUGCCAAAUUGGAAGCAAAGACUGAGUCAAUGGGCAGCACGAUACAUCAGCUCGAUGAGAAAUUACAGGAAGAUAAAUCAGCUCGAAAGAAUUUAGAAGAAAGUUCAAGGUGUCUUGGUCAGAAGACAGCUGCCGCUGAAACUCGAGCUGUAGCUGCGGAGAGCGACCUUAGGAUAGAACGGGAAUGGAGGGUAUCAUUACAGGAAUCUAUGAUGCGGGAUCGCGACAAAAUAUCUAUCCUUACUCAAGAAGUGGAGUCUCUUAAAACUAUCGGACAGAAAUAUAUGGCAUUACAAGAGGAACAGCAUCAACUCAAAAUCCAAUACAACGAAGCUCAAAAAACCUUAGAAGAAGUUGGAGCGACACUUAGCGAGAAUAAAUUGCAGCUCGCAGAACUUUUAGAGAAAGAAGCUAAAACAUCAGAUGACACUCCAAAUUGGACGAGCGACAAAGACGCCGUAGCUUGCGCUGCUUGUGCUAAGGAAUUUACUAUUGCCAGAAGAAAGCAUCAUUGCCGAAGGUGUGGUCACAUAUUCUGUGGAGCAUGCAGUGAAAAAACAGUCGCUUUAGUUGGCAACACCAAGCCUGUUCGUGUGUGUGACGCCUGUUUCACAGAAGUUAGACUAACGUAACAAUGAACAAAAUAUAUUCAAGACUGAACCAUGUUGACUAUGUUUAUUAAAUAAAUGAAUUUCAAUUUUUAUCCCGUAUCUUAAAAUUGUUUUUGAACAAACUUACAAAAAUAUGUGAACGCGUACAUAAGUUAAUAUCUAAGAUGUUGUAUAGUUCAUGUUUUGUAGGAAAAAGUUCUUAGUGAUUGUGUAUUUGUGAAUAAUGUUACCAAAAUAUUGUACACAUCUCCAAACUAUUUUGACAGGAUUAGAAACAAAUCUUUAAAUUAUCUUAAAUUAGUUUAGUGAUUGUUGUUUAUAUAAACAUCAGCAUCAAUAUAAAUGUUGCUUUUAAUUUUAGUAGUAUAUUUGUUGUAUGAUGGGCUUUAUUUGCAUAUUCAUAUAAAUAAAUAUUUUAAAAUCACAUAAAAUGAUACCUUAGGCGCAUUUAUUAUACUUUCUAUGUUAAGAGUUGUAAUUUCACAAUUAUGACGGCUAGCCCAUGAGUUGCAGUGUCUGUUCACUAUAACUUUUCCUUUCCAAUGUUUAUCUGUACCUACCGCCGAUAAUAAAGAGCUCCUGAGUUUCGAUAUAUCUUCUAACAUCAACUUUGAAAGAUCUAAAGAAACAAGGCCAAAAUCUAAAGAAAGAAAGAAGUAACGGCCAAAAUGUUUGGCAUUCAAAAUAAGACAAAUCACUAUAGAGAACUUCUUUUAUAUAUAUAACAUUUCGAAGCAAUGGAUUCGGUAAAUUGUCAUACUAGAUGAGUCAUCGGCGAUAUAUCUAUAAUCUUAUGCUUCAUAGUCAUGAGCGACGUCAUAAAGUUGCAAGUUUAGCAUCAGACCUCGAGACGUCGAGAGGGUCUCCCUCACCCCUCCAGCAAUACUUUGCUCCUUAAUUACUAAUACGAACAGCUAGGAUGUAGAUCACUCUUCUGACGUCUGUGUUUUCUUUACUAUAUAAUACGGAUAUAUUUAGAGAAAGAGUAAAAAGCCAUCAAUCAUCUAUUCACACACGUAAAUAAUAUUUUUAUUGUAUUGAUUGUUAUAUAAAAUCGCAUGUUUAUAUAAAACGUUUCUAAAUUUCUCAUUUUAACAUUAAAAUAAUUUGUAAAAUGAUAAAUAAAUAGCCACUUAUACAAUUUCGAAAAAAAAAACAAAUAAAUAUUGGCAAAUGCAUUGUACACUCCCCAUUUAGGCGGUGUAGUGAUGUUAUUCAUACUCAGCUUGGUAGCCUUGCGCAAUGCAUGGGAAAGCGAGUCUGAAGAUAACAGGAAAGUGGAAGGAAAGUGGAAAAUAAAUAUACUGACUACACUACUAAGUGCAAAUAUUUAUGUAAAACGUGAAUCGAAAGGAAUCUUUGCCCUUUUACUUUGUCGAUGCCUUUCAAUUUCGAUUAUAUAUUUAGCGUUGCGUUUGAAAUUAAGUGUGUGAUUAUUAUAGAGGUAAUUUUUCAAUAUUUUAGCGCUUCUAUAAAGUGGAUACAGAUGUUUCUUUUGAUUUGUGGCAAGCAUGAGUUCCAAAUUAAUAAUAAAUGCUUUUCUUUAAAUGGUCUCAAGUAUUUUAAAUUGAUCAUUCAUUGUUAAAAUUUUCGAUUUUUUAUUAAUAAUUCGUAAUAUUAAAAUGUAUUAUAUUUUAUGAUCAAUUGACAAACUAUAUUG